AUGCUUCAAAUCAAGGAAUCACCGGGCAAACCUCGUCCACCCCCCGUCGACGACAACACCACCCAAGAUUCCCCAUCCAAACUAAGCCUGUCUUCCACCCGCAACCCCCUCGGCCCAGUGGUCGUCUUCAUCGCCCGAGCCUCAAGCCCGGUGGACCACAACUACCCGAAAGCCGCAAUGAACAGCAACCAAAUGCACCAAUACCUACGCUCACUGCUGAUAAUCACCGCCGCCGAGCACCGCAAGCGAUUCGGACUCCUAGGUCUCCGUCCCCACAAGAUGCAGACAAUAAUCCAACCCGCCCCCAGCCGAAUCUCAUCCGUCAGUCGAGUCGGAAAGUUCCUGGGCAUGGCACUCGAGGAGGCACGCGCGUCCAAGAACGAGUGUAUCUUCGUCCUGCACGGCUGGGAUGGCUGGACAACCGACAAGAUGACCAUCGCGGACCUCUGCGAGCAGUUCCGCGACGUCCCUUUCUCUCUCCAUGUUUAUGCAAACCGGGGAGACCCUCGUGAUUUCUUUGAGGUCAAUGCUCACAAGGUCAAUGCCUAUUUCAGACACCAGGUUGCUGCAAAUGAUCCGAGUAUUGUUGGUGAUCGUUCGACGGCGCUUUACAUUCGCAUCCUGGAGACUCUGCCUACCUUGCAAUAUGCCAGGUAUUACCCUGUUCUUUCGGCAACGGAAAGGGAGAACCUUGCCAAAUACGAUAAGCGGUUCGUUGGGAUUUAUGAGGAGGACGAACCUGAGGCUCCAAAGCUUGAAGUUGCAAAUUCUGAUGCUCCAAAGCCCGGAGUUUGA